CGGGGUCCUACUUCAACUCAUUCCAAAGACUCGAAGUCAACUACAGUCUUUGGAGCUCUGCGGUCUACAAACACUUUUGUCAAGUUGUCUUGUCCUAAAGUCGGUGAUGGAUGCCUUACGGUCGGCUGGAAGAGCGAUCAUCCGAAGUCCAAGCAUCGCGAAACGGUCUUGGAAUUCCGGCAAACAUAAAAAACUUCCUGAGAACUGGACCGACACGAGGGAGACUGUUGUGGAGGGCAUGACCUUUAACCUCCGCCACCUAGGCAUGACCCUGGUGGACCAGGCCAAAGGAGAGGACCUAUCAGCAGCUGCUGUCAAGAGGAUCGUUGCCACGGCCAAAGCGGGAGGUAAGAAGCCUCCGAAGGUUUCUCUGAAGGUUUCUCCUCAGGGUAUAAUGCUCUACGAUAGUCUGACCAACCAGCUGCUAGACAACAUCUCCAUAUACAGGAUAUCCUACUGCACGGCGGACAAGCUGCACGACAAGGUGUUUGCCUACAUUUCCCAGAACACCCUCAACGGAACACUGGAGUGCCACGCCUACCUCUGCUCCAAGAGGAAAGUGGCCCAGGCAGUGACUCUGACUGUAGCACAGGCCUUUAAAGUGGCCUUUGAGUUCUGGCAGGUUGCCAAAGAAGAGAAAGGGAAGAGGGUGAAGUCCGGCUCGGCUGGAGAAGCAUCCGGCAGCUCCCAAUUAGAAGGAUCCAACAGCCUGGCUAGUCUGAAAGAAGAUGUUGCCACGGGUAACCUACUGGACCUGGAGGAACGGACUCAUGUUGCCGUGGUUCUGGAAACCAAUGGCAACGAGGAGUUCCAGGUGGACGACCACACCGCUCCUGAGGACAUUGAUAACAAUAACACUGUCUGGGACAUUGAGGAAGACUUGGAUGAGGCUUUUUCUAGACUGGCAGUGUCCCGUACUAACCCCCAGGUCCUGGAUGUUGGGGUGACUCCCCAGGAUUGGCUUACAGAACCUGACCGGGCCAAUGGGAACACAUGCAACCAGAACACAUCGAACACCACCAAUGGAGAUGACUUCUUCUUUGUCUUCUGAUUGGCUACCGGGGGGCGACCGAGAGGCACAGCCUUUCGGCUUUUUGGCCCAAUCCCAAAUCAACCCCUAGGCCCUACGCUGGAACUACAGCACACCAUAUUUGUUUCCUCCUCUCAGGUCUGCAUAGGUCUAGGGCUCAAUUUGAGAUGGGGCCCAUAGAGUUGGCUUUGGCCCCAUUCCAAACCGAUCCCUUGCCUCUGUCCUUAUUCCCUAGUUGACUCCCUCCCCCCUUAUAGAUCUGAAAGGACUGGAUAGGUUGACACCUCCCCCUUAUAGAUCUGAAAGGACUGGAUAGGUUGACUCCUCCCCCUUAUAGAUCUGAAAGACUGGAUAGGUUGACUCCUCCCCCUUAUAGAUCUGAAAGGACUGCAUAGGUUGACUCCUCCCCCUUAUAGAUCUGAAAGGACUGCAUAGGUUGACUCCUCCCCCUUAUAGAUCUGAAAGGACUGCAUAGGUUGAGAGCUUCUGUCAUUGUUUUGUUUUUUUUUCCCCCCUAGUUUUUAUAGAUCUACACGGGGCCGCCAGGAGGAACCUAUGGGUAGAGGCUAGGGACUAGAACUGGGACCUUUAUUUUGUGUUGGAUGGGAUGGGAUGUGUAAUUUCAGUCAGUUUAGCUCUAAAUCUCAAUAGAAAUCUGUCACAUUACGUUUUAGAUUAGUCUUCUACAUAAACACACUUGAUACUACAAAGCCUCUAUACAGACCAAGCAAGACGAUCAAGGUUGGUACUCCCUACUUUGCUUAGGGGAUGUAGUCUUUGCAUACUAGAGUUUAGUUCAGUUGCCAUGAAACAGCAGAAAGCACUUUGGAGAAAGAAAAAAAAAAAGGUACUUCCUGAAUUUGUUUUCUCCAACUUAUUCAAAACUCUUUGUCCUGUUUGUGCCUACUUAAUGUGACCCAGGAAAGUGAUGUACUAUAUUGAAAUCCUUCCUUCCAUGGCCAGUUUCAGCCUGUUCUGUAACCUAUCUUGACCCUAUUGACCAAUGCACCAUGUAGUACUGUACUGUAUACCAGCAUAACUUUUUGAAUAAAACUUUUUAAUCAUGCAUAUGAAAUUUAAAA